AUGGCUCCCAUAGCAGUUGAACCGUCUCACCCUCCUCCUUCGACAAUGCCCUCGAAGUCCACGCCGCCGGUCGACCUGUCCAUCUUCCCCGACGGGUUCAAGACCUCCGGCCAACACCCUCCGCUCUACGACCAGCUGUACCCGUACGCAGCGUUUCCCAAAUCCAUCUCCGGCCCCACGGUAUGGUCGAACGAAGACUACGCCUCGCACCCGGAGACGUGGACGCACGUCUUCUCGGACGCUGAGAUCAACGAACUCUCGUCCGCGGCCGACAACUUCAUGGCCCAGGGCCUGCCCCUGACGGGGAUCAAUCCGUCGAACUUCCCGCUGCCCAGCAUGGCCGCGGCAUUGAAGUUGAUGCGCAACGAACUCCUCAACGGCAAGGGCUUCAUCCUGUACAAGGGCUUCCCCGUGAAGCAAUGGGGCUCACACAAGGCUGCGGUGGCGUACAUGGGACUGGGCACGUACAUCGGGUACCCGGUGUCGCAGAACGGCCGGGGUCACAUCCUGGGCCACGUCAAGGACCUGGGCGAGGACAGCACGCAGAUCGACAAGGUGCGCAUCUACCGCACCAACGCGCGACAGUUCUUCCACGCUGACGACUCGGACGUGGUCGGGCUGCUGUGCAUCGCCCGUGCCGAGGAGGGCGGCGAGUCCGACGUGGCCUGCGUCCACCACGUCUGGAACAUCCUGCAGGCCGAGCACCCCGACGUGGCCGAGCUGCUGACCCAGCCCGUGUGGUACUUUGACCGCAAGGGCGAGGUGUCCCAGGGGGAGGAACCCUACAUCCGCACCAGCGUCUUCUACCUCGAGACGCCGGCCGAGGGCCACGAACAGCGCGUCUACUGCAAAUGGGACCCGUACUACGUGCGCAGCCUGACGCGCUUCUCGGACAAGGGCAUCAUCCCGCCGCUGUCCCCGGCCCAGGUGCACGCGCUCGAGACGCUGGAGAACGUGUGCCAGCGCGUCAAGCUGCACAUGAUCCUCGAGGUCGGCGACAUCCAGUUCCUCUCCAACUGCCACAUCCUGCACGCCCGCACCGCCUACCGGGACUACCCCCCCGACAGCGGCAUGCCGCGCCGCCACCUGAUGCGGCUGUGGUUGAGCACGCCCGUCAGCGAGGGCGGAUGGAGACUGCCGUUCCACGACGCCGACGAGCGGAAGAGAGGCGGCAUUCAGGUGGAUGACACGAGGCCGGUCGCGAGACUGGAUGCAGAUUGA